GGAUCGGGGAUGGAUUCUAAGCUGCUGAUUGGAUCGGGGAUCCCCACAUUGGACCCGACUGCCCGGGCACCGUGGAACAUCAGCUCCAUCAGUCCACACCGGCUCAUGGAGUUGUCUCCGGUAGCUACAGCUGCUGCGCUGGUCCCAAACCACCCGUUUCCAACAGUAGACGUCCCAGACCACGCCCACUACACCAUCGGGGUUGUCAUCCUGUUUGUGGGCAUCACAGGCAUGCUGGGAAACUUCCUGGUCAUGUAUGCUUUCUGCAGGAGCCGGAGCUUGCGAACACCAUCCAACAUUUUCAUCAUUAACCUGGCUGUCACAGACUUUUUCAUGUGUCUUACUCAGACACCCAUCUUCUUCAUCACCAGCAUGCACAAGCGCUGGAUCUUUGGGAAAAAAGGUUGUGAGCUGUAUGCCUUCUGCGGAGCUCUGUUUGGUAUCUGCAGUAUGAUGACACUGAUGGUGAUUGCAGUGGACCGGUACGUGGUGAUCACCAGACCUCUGGCCUCGCUGGGGGCGAUGUCCCGAAGGAAAGCCCUGAGCAUUGUAGCUGCGGCCUGGGUCUACUCCAUGGGCUGGAGCCUGCCCCCCUUCUUUGGCUGGAGUGCCUACGUCCCAGAGGGUCUGAUGACGUCCUGCUCCUGGGACUACAUGACGUUCACCCCUUCUGUCCGCUCCUACACCAUGCUGCUCUUUACCUUUGUCUUCUUCAUACCCCUCUCCAUCAUUAUCUUCAGCUACUGCUGCAUCUUCAGAGCCAUCCGACACACAACACGAGCGAUAACAAAGAUCACUUGCGACGGGACCAGAGACUCUGCAAAGAGAGCCCAUAAGAUGAGGAGUGAGUGGAAAAUGGCCAAGAUCGCACUCAUCGUCAUCCUGCUGUUUGUCGUCUCCUGGGCCCCUUACUCCUGUGCUGCCCUCACUGCAUUCGCCGGGUACGCCGACCUGUUGACUCCAUAUAUGAACUCUGUUCCUGCUGUGAUCGCGAAAGCAUCUGCGAUUUACAACCCCAUCAUAUACGCUAUAACACAUCCCAAAUACAGGUCGGCGAUCAGCAGAUACGUUCCUUAUCUCGCAGCAUUACUGUGCAUGACGGGCAGAGACCGCUUCAGCAGCAGCAGCUUCCUGUCCACCCGCCGAUCAACCCUCACUAGCCAAUCAGAGAGCAAAUGCGCCAGCAAGCCCCGCAACUCAUCCCUGUCUGAGAGCGAAUCAGCUCAUUUCUCAGACACGGAGGACGAGUGCUCAGCUCGGACGCCCGUCAGUCGUCAGCUGUCUGCUGAUGCCAAACAGGUGCGCCAUUCCAGCCAGAGGUCAAAAGUGAGAGGUCACCACACGGGAGACUUUGAGAGAAGUGGCCACAACCUCCCUGACCCAGGCAUACGUCUCAUCUCGCACAUCACAACUCUGACAGAGCCUGAAGACAUCUCCAUGUCGGACUUCAGUCUACAGCCGACCAGUCAUCUGCCAGCAACUGUGGAUAAUGUGAUGGAGGAGUUGGGGCCCAGGACGUCGAAGUGUAAGACGUCAUCAGUCAUUGUCGCCUCCAUUUCCAGUCCAUCCAUACUGCAUAGUCCUCCAGGUUUUCAUGGCAGUCUCAAAUCGACCAAAUCUUACAGCCCAGUUGCCAGAGAGCCACUGGACAUAGCCAGACUGGAGACAACAGUAUUACCAUGAACAGUUCAGACAAAAGUGCAACGCGUGUGUGUAAUCCUUGAAGAGUGUGUGAGUGUGUUUGCGUGCGUUGGACUUUUCUGUACCAGCAUGCAGUUUCGCUAGUGAUUGAAACUCAAAACCAGAGCAUGCACUUACAUCGAUUUGCACAACAGAGAGGGAGUUUUUGAGUGUGAAUGUGCAAUAUUUAAAUGUGUUUUACAUUCAUAGAGGUUGAAGAUGGUUAACCCCGGAGCUGGAGGCCAUAAAGUAGCCUAAAAAAAAAAAAAAAGUGAAAUGUUCUCUCUGGAGAUUUGGGUAUUGAUUUGAUUUUUAUUUAAAUUUCGGUUCUACAAAAAAAACGUUCACAAUAUUUUCAGCUGAAAAAUGUUUUGUCAUAUAUGCUACAAAUGAAGAUGACAGUCCUGCAGGUAUUGGCACCUUUAAAGUAAGAUCACCGGGUUACAUGAGUUCUUGAGGAUUUCACACGUGUCAUCAGAACAAGAAACUGAGCUGUGCCUUAAGCUAAAAUCUAGCCAGUCAUUACAUGCAAGCUAGCUACUGUACCUGUAGACUUCAUCUCCAUGCUUAAUGCAGCUAAACCGGACGUACACACAUGCCAACCACACAAACUUCCACACACAGAGGGUCUUAAAUAAUCACCUGCCAGGCGCCGAAUGUAGGAAAAUUAUACGUUUGAUGAGCAAAAUCCUACUCAAACUAGUAGCUACAUGGUGUAGCUCCAG